UGCAAGGCUGUAGCUGUGCCACUCCUUACCGAUUCCAUUCAUCCUCCGACCAGGUUUCUUCGCCUCUCCCGCCAAGCCGGCUAUGCGGCCCCCUGGGCUUGCGGGCGACACGAUGGACUGUUUGUGUCGUCAGGGUCGUCUACUAGUGUAGUGUAGCGUGUCUUGGACUGUUCACCUGAUUCGCCUUUGCCAAGAUAGCAUGAUAUUGAUGGCACCCACCCUUUCUUUCUUUGUUUGGACCCUUUGCUAGUGUUGCCGACGACCACUACAUCUCAUCUCUGAGAAUCACCCAACAUCACCGCUUGACACACCACUUAUCAGGAAAACAUGCACGUUAAACCGUGGACAGCUUGGUCCCUCCUGGCCUCUUUGGUCAGUUUCUGGGCCGUUGCCGAUGCGGCCGAUUCCGGCAUCCUCGAGGUCGACCUUCUCUUCCCGCGCAACGAGACAUAUGCGCCCACCGAAUGGAUCCCCUACAUCUUUUCCAUCCAAAAUGCCAAGCUUGCGAAAUAUCUCCUUCCCGAAAUCAGGUACGAUGUAUGGAACCUGACUGAAGGCGGAAAUAGCUUUGGUUACACCCAUCAAAACCUACAAUGGGCGAACUGGUCCAGCCACGACCCCUACUUUGUCCACCACUUCCACAGCGGCCUCCACGAGGGAAGGUGGCGUCUCAAUUGGGAAUUCUGGUACAUCAGCUGCAACGAGGACUUGUCCAACUUGCACAGCAGUAGCGAACUCGUGAAUCGAAACCGAACCGUUGGAAGCAUCGAGUUCACCAUUCAAGAGGGCGGCCCGGCGGUAGAUGUCGUUGCUGCCACGGCCAACGACAAGACAUGUUCCGAGGGGAACGGAGCUGCCAUCAACAUCACCGGCAAGACCAAGGAGGUUGCCCCCUUCGGAAUAGAAUUGACAGACGAUACCUGUGUAGUGGUGGGAUCCCCUCAACCGACUCCCACCCCUUGCCAGGUCAAGGUGGACUCGGCCGUUGCCGCCAGCAUUUCGGCUUCGUGGACGGCCCAUCUGUGUGAUGAUCUUAUAACAGAAUACCGUCCGGCCAACUGUCCAGACGACAAGGACAAUGCCGCCCAGAGGCUGGCCGUUGCGGGUGUGGCAUGCCUAGCAGUCGCAGUGGGCAUGUUUGGGUUUUUGGCUUGAACAUGAUGGGAUCUUUGGUAGCACGACUUGAUGCAGGUACUUUUACCCUUUAUGCAGGAACAUGUAGCGUUAUGCAGUAUGCAUGUAAUGUAGCCAUGACAAACGAGAGCUGUCUUUCUCUUCCUUGAUUCCUUCCCGGCAUAAGUCUUGUUUUUGUUCCACUCUGUAUAAUUUUCAUACCAACUAAUCCAAUGCCACUCUCAC